AUGUUAACUGAGAUUAAUGAAAUUCUGAAAGUAGGUGGGGAUCAUAUUUCAUCAGAAAUUCAUAAACUGAUAACUCGAGUUUGGAAUGAAUCUUCUGUGCCACAAGAAUGGAUAAAUGGCAUUUUAAUCUAUGUAUACAAGGAAAGCUCGAAAGCAGUGUGUUGUAAUUCUAAAGGGAUAACUCUUCUGCCAUAUACCGGGAAGAUGCUUUCAAGGUUCAUGAUAGAUUGUUUUAUUGAGAAUGUAUGUCAACAUGUGAAUCCUGAAGAACAGUCUGGUUUCAGACCUGAGCGAGGAACAAUGGACAUAUUUUGUGUAAGGCAGGUUCAAGAGAAAUGCUUAGAGGAACAAAUGCCACUAUACCAAGUCUUCAAAGAUUUAACUAAGGUAUUUGGCACGGUAAACAGGGAGUCUUUAAUUAAUUUUCGGUGGACAACGGUGUCAAACAGGGAGAUAUUCCUGCCCCUACACUUUUCUCUAUAUAUUUUGCUGCAUUACUUUGGUAUGCUUUCAAGGAUUGCAGCUGGGCAAUCGGAAUCAGAUUUCGGACGUCUGGGCGUAUCUUUAAUUUGA